CGGCGGCGGGGGGCCAUGGACAACCACGGCCUGGACGAGUUCCGCCGGCGCUGGCAGGAGGAGCUGGCGCAGGCCCAGGCGCUGAGGAAGCGGCGGCGGCCCGAGGCUGCCGAGCGGCGGCGCGCCGGCCCGAGGUGGCCCCGGCGCGGCGAGCAGGCCUCGGGGUACCUGGCGCUGGCGCAGGGGCUGCUGGAGGGCGCGAGCCGGCCCCCGGCGGCGAGGGCGACCAGGGCCGAGAGGCAGGACGCGGCGAGCCGUUCCCGCUCCCCCCCAGCCCGUGACGCGGCCGAGGGCGAGGAGCAGCUGGUGGACCAGCUCAUCCGAGACCUGAAUGAAAUGGACGAUGUGCCCUUCUUUGAUAUCCAACUGCCUUAUGAAUUGGCAAUCAAUAUAUUUCAGUAUCUGGACAGGAAAGACCUGGGAAGGUGUGCACAGGUGAGCAAGACGUGGAAGGUGAUUGCAGAAGAUGAAGUGCUCUGGUACCGGCUGUGCCAGCAGGAAGGGCACCUUCCCGAGAGCAGCAUCUCCGAUUAUUCUUGCUGGAAGCUCAUCUUCCAGGAGUGCCGAGCCAAGGAGCACAUGUUAAGAAGCAACUGGAAGAAUCGCAAGGGAGCCGUGAGUGAGCUGGAACACAUUCCUGAUGCUGUUUUAUGUGAUGUGCACUCUCACGACGGUGUUGUCAUUGCUGGGCUCUCCCCAUUUUCUCACUAUGGCCCUGCUCUCUCUCUCCACUUGGAACCAACGAGGUCCUUCUUUUCCAGAUACACAUCAGGGGACGUGAGGGUGUGGGACACCCGCACCUGGGACUACGUAGCCCCCUUCUUGGACUCCGAGUAUGAGGAGGAGGACGAGCCUGGAAUGCAGCCAUAUGUCUCCUUUGUGAGGAUAAACAGCUCACUGGCGGUAGCGGCUUAUGAGGAUGGAUUUCUUAAUAUUUGGGAUCUAAGGACUGGAAAGUAUCCUAUUCACCGCUUUGAGCAUGAUGCAAGAAUACAGGCACUAGCCCUCAGCCAGGAAGAUGCCACUGUUGCCACGGCUUCUGCUUUCGAUGUUGUGAUGUUGCAUCCCAAUGAGGAAGGAUAUUGGCAAAUAGCUGCAGAAUUCGAAGUUCAGAAACUGGUUGACUACCUUGAAAUAGUUCCAGAUACCGAAAGGUACCCUGUGGCAGUGGCCACUGCUGGAGAUCUGGUGUACCUGCUAAAGGCUGACGACUCCGCCAGAACCCUCCACCACGUCUACGGGCAGCCCGUCACCUGUCUGGAUGUCUCGGCCAACCAGGCUGCUUUUGGAGUGAAGAGUCUAGGAUGGGUGCACGAAGGAAACAAGAUCCUGGUCUACAGCCUGGAAGCAGAACGCUGCCUCUCGAAACUGGGCAACGCGCUUGGCGACUUCACCUGCGUCAACCUCAGGGACAGCCCUCCCCACCUCAUGGUCAGCGGCAACAUGGACCGGAGGGUGAGGAUCCAUGACCUCCGCACCAACAAGAUCGCCCUGUCGCUCUCUGCACACCAGCUUGGCGUCUCCGCCGUGCAGAUGGACGACUGGAAAGUUGUCAGUGGAGGCGAGGAGGGCCUGGUCUCCGUGUGGGACUAUCGGAUGAACCAGAAGCUGUGGGAGGUGCAUUCCAGGCACCCCGUCCGCCACCUCGCCUUCACCAGCCACAGCCUCAUCACGGCCAACGUGCCCUACGACCGGGUGGUGCGCAGUGCCGACCUGGACAACUUCGCCACGCACAGGAGGCACCGGGGGCUGGUCCACGCCUACGAGUUCGCCGUGGACCGGCUGGCCUUGCAGAGUGCUCUUCCCGCCUGCCGCUCAUCCUGCGACACCGCGGCGGGUAACAGCUAUGACCUCGCGCUCGCCUUCCCCUACGACAGUACUUAGGGGACAGUGAGAAAUGGAAAGAACGACAGGACCUCUGCUCCGGGUUUCAAAGGUUUGGGGGAAGAAAGCAACCCCGGGGUACUUGUGUGAUGCACCUUCCUGAACUGCCUGCGCUUUCCCCUCUGUCCGGUUUCCUCCCGCGACCGCACAGCUGGGGCUUGUCAGGCUUUUUUCCCCUCACUGGUCCCUCUCUCCUGGCUUUGAGAACCACACACAUGACUCACAUGUAUACCGCCUUCCCCACAUCCUCCUCCUCCUCCAGCCAGCCCGCCCGCCUCGGGGG